AUGCCGCCAGCCACGAGGGCCACGGGGCCCCGCAAUGUGGAAGUCACGGUGCUGCUGCUGGACAUCGGCGCAUCCAUGCAUGCAGACCUGGACAGCGCAGCGCAUGCCCUGAGCGCAUACGUCGAGACUAGGAUGCUGUCCAGACCCAACAGCGACCUGGCCCUGGUCUACUUUGGCACCUCUGGCACCUCCAACGAGCUGCACGACGAGGCGGCUUCUGCGGGGGACCCCACCCAGUACCUCCACAUCAGCGUUGUCCACGCGCUGCAGCAGCCGGGCCUCUCCAUGCUGCGAUCCCUGCGACAGGUCCCUCGUGGAGAUGGAGAGUCUGACUUUGUGGACGCCCUCACGGUGGCCCUGGACUCCCUCUACAAGGCCGUGGCACUGCGGGACGAGCUGCAGGGACCCCGCGUCGCCAAGCGCAUCGUGCUCCUGUCCCAGCUGGCGACGCAGAUUAAGCCAGAUCCGGGGAACGCGUUCAAGGACACCCUGGUCCGGAAGCUGGCUCAGCAAGGCGUGACGCUGGACCUGGUGUGUCUCCACCCGUAUCUCGCAGUCCCUGGGACUCGGGCGCAGCUGCAGUACAUCCUGGACAACGUCAAGGUGGCAAAGAAAACCAACCAGGAGAAGCUCCCUUCCCUGGGCAAGGAGUCGCCCUUUGACAGCACUGACCCAGCAGCCUCGCACGGCUUGACUCUGGCUCGGGAGUACAGGGUGGCGGAGGAAGGGGAUGCCGGGGAGGAAGUGGCGCAGGAGGAGCGGGUGAAGGUGUACCGGGUAUGCUGA